AUGGCGCCUCAUCGCGGGGCACGUCUCCGCGCCUGGUCAAACUCGGUCUUUGGCCGUGACCCUUCACCCAACCGGGACAAGACAGCGAGUGCUCUGCAUCACCUCGCAUCGGCAGGUCUGGAUCUUAUUAUAUCGCCUACUGAGGAGGAAGUAUGGGCGGAGCAGGCUCGAAAUGCAGCCUCAACUGUCCUCCAGGAGCUUGAAAAGGUUUCCAGCCGUGAUCCUUUGAAGCCGGGCCAGUUGUCGCGAAGAAUCACGAUAGAGGUCGUGGACGAUGCCCAGUCCGAGAGUGGAAUCCACCCUAUCACGGGGGUAGACGAUAAUCCCUUCGAUACCCAAGGACAGACGGAAGACGACGAAAGCUACUACGAUUUCGAGGAGGACAUUUAUAUCGUCAAAAAUGAAGAAGGCAAAAUCUUCAGCCGAGCGAUGAUCGAUACGGGCAUGGAUGGGAAUGCAAUCAGCGUCGAAAAGGCGAAGUUGACAAACAUACCGAUCGAGCCAUGGACUGGGGGCAAGCUGCGUGAUGCCGACGGAGAGCCGUUCGAGCCAGAGGGCUUGCUGAAAGCGCAGUUCCAUUUCAGUGGGAAGAUGCAGACAAGCCGGAGUUGGCAGGUCGAGUUCAUGGUCUUACAUGAUCCUCCAUUCGACGUUGCGAUUGGGAGGCAGUUUAUCAAUUCUGCGAGGCUGUUCAAGAAGAGUGACGUUCUGCUUCCAAUCGUGGUCAACAAGCCAAAAGAUCCCAAAGCUCAACAAGCAAGCAAUCUGAACGCAAAGCGAGAUAGCGAUCGCCAGAAGCAACUGGAAAAAGAGCGAAAAGAACUAAUCCGCCAGAAAGAGAGGGAGAAGGCAAGGAAGAAGUGA